AUGCUGACUGUUAUCCAGGGCCAGGAUAAUUCUCCUGCCUCCUUCGAGAAGACUCUCUCCACGCUGUCCUCGAAGAUCGCCCAAGCUACCACUCGACUUGAUCAGCAGCGCCAAACUUCCCGUCGCUUUAAAGCUCUGUGGACGCUAUAUUCCACCUUUGCAUAUCUAUUCUACUCUAUUAUACUUGCACUUGUGGUAGGAUGGGAGACAUGGGGUGUCAAGGAAUACGCUGCCAUCGCCGGCGGCCCGGUUCUGAUCUAUGCCGUACGAAACAUUGGAUCUCGUCUAUUUGAAUACCGCAUUUCCCGAACCCAACGUGGGGUUGAUGACCUGCAGAAACAACGCGACGAGACCAUUGAGAAGCUCAAAACCGCCACCAAAUAUAAUUCCACCCAGCAGCUCCUCGAGAAAUAUGGGGGCGAGUCGCCGAAGCCAUCUCCAGCUUCCAAGGGGACCUCGGAGAAGCCCAAGCCUGUCACUCCCCAGCAACCUCGCGGGCUACCUCCCCCACCAACCGCCAACAUCCGCCGUCCUUCUUCUCAUCAGCCCCAGCAACCCCAGCCUGGAGAUGGGACAAAUCAGACUCCCCACCAGCAACACAUUUAUCCCAAUGCUCCUCCUUCGCCUCCGUCUCACCAGCCACAACCUCAAGACCAGCCUGACUUCGCGCCUAACGCCUUCCCUGGCCAGCAAGGUCCAUACAUCGAACAACCACACUGGUAUGACCGUCUUCUAGACGUCCUGCUCGGCGAAGAUGAGAUGCAACCGCGCAACCGUAUGGCCAUGAUCUGCGCCUCGUGUCGACUCGUCAACGGCCAAGCCCCACCCGGUAUCAAGACUCCCGAGGAACUCGGUCGCUGGCGCUGUGGUAGCUGCGGGAAUUGGAACGGUGUUGAGAGCGAGACAACAAAGAUUUUGUCAAGCCUGAGAGAGACUGUGGAUGCGGAGGGGACUAUCGACCAGACGAACACCGGGGUGUCCACCACGGAGGAAUUCGCAGACGAAGACGAUGCCUUUGUUUCUCGUGAAGAACAGAAUACUCCCUCGCAGGACUCGGACGAUUCCGAGGAGACUCAGCACAUGUCCGAGGAAAAUUCUCAGGUUCAGCCCGUUCGACGUUCGAAACGGACAGGAGCGAAGAAGUAA